UGUGCUGCUUUCAGUAAGUGGAAGCAGUGAUGACCCAGAAGCCCAUUUUGUCCAUUUGUGAAAGAAAGUGAGCAAAUUCCCUCUCGGUCUCUCUAAAAAGUAAAAGUUAAAAAAGAGAAUUAUGAGGGAAUACGAAACUGGCGAUGGUGACGGCGGAAAGAAAAUAGAGUUGGAAAAUCCCAAAGGAACCGCCUGGUGGGUGGGCGUCCUCAGGGAUGCCUGGGAGCAGAUGACAGUGGAACCCCUGAUGCUGCUACACACAAUCGCCCACUCCAGUUCAGAGGCAGUUGAGGAAAACUUAUACAUAGACAAGAGCUGUUUGGUUACGCUUCAAAAGCCUGUGGAGAUCUGUGCCAACCUUUCAAGUUAUAAAGAUGACCAAGCGGAGGUUCAGAGGCUUUCUUCAAAGCUCGUCGGAGCCGCUACAUUCACUGAAAAUUCCCUGUCGUUUCUCUUACUCUUUUAUUUGGGUCCCCUGUCAGACAGGUAUGGACGUAAAGGAUUCCUCGUAUGGUCUUUGCUGAUGGAAGUUCUGAAGUACGGGACACUGCUGCUGUGCUCAGUGUUCAUGUCCCUCCCAGCAGAGCUUGCCCUCGUGGGACCGUUCUUUUCGUCCUUGGGUAUGGGCAUGGGAGGUCUUCAAAUGUUAUUCUUUAUUAGCGUGUGUGAUGUCACUACUUCUGCUAAUCGAACCGUCAGAUUAGGCAUCCUCAAGAUAAUCAUGCAUAUAGGAUUGCCUGUAGGAGUGCUGUAUGGAGGAAUGGUAGGUAAUGCAGAUCCUUGGUCAAAUUGAAUAUAUACAAUUUGUCUUACCAUCUUUCAAAAUUAGGUAGGGUAAAAAACCGCAUGGUACAGGGGUGGACCAUGUACGAUCAAU